AUGGGGAAGGGGUAUGGAGUGUUGGUGGUUUGGGGGGGAGGGGGGAGGGGGAAGGGGGUGGUGGGUGGUGGGGUGGAGAUUGUGGUUUGGGUGAUGUGGGAGGAUGUGGUUUGGGUUGUUUAUGGGUGUAGUUGGGGGGGGGUGGGGGGGUUGGUUGUUUGGGGUUUAGGGAUUGGGGUUUGGGGGGGUUGGUGUAAGGGGAUGUGUGAUUUUUGUUUUGAGUGUGGGUGGGGAAAGAGGGGUAUUGGGAUUGGUUUGAUAGGGGAUGGUUUGGGGGAAGGUUUUUGGGGGGGUGAGGGAAGAGAUUUGGUUUGGGGUUGGUGGGGGGGGUUGGGGGGAAAAAUUGUAGUGUGUGUUUUGAGGGGGUUGUGGGGGGGAGGGGUGGUGGUUGUGGAGUUUGUAUGGUGGGUUGGGGAGUUGGGGAGGGAUAUGAUUAAGAUGUUGGUGUGUUAUUUUAUGGUGUGGGAUGUGGGUGUGGUGUGUUUGUUGGGUGGUGAUGGGGGGGGGGGGUGGGUUGUUGGGUGGGUUUUGGGGGGUUUUGGGGGUUGGGUUGGGGGGGUGUGUGAUGGGUUGGAGGUUUUUGUUGGGUGUUUGUGGGGGGGUGGUGGGGGUUUGGUGUGUGUAUGGGGGGGGUUGGGGUGGGUGGGGGGUUGGUGGGGGGUGUUGGUUGGGGGGUGUAAUGGGUGGGUUGUGUAUGAAUGUGGGGGGGGGAUGUGGGUUGUAGAGUGGUUUUGUGGGGGUUGGGAUGGGUGGGGGUAG